AUGAACCCAGUGACGAUAAACCACGUCGUGAUAACUGCGUUAAUCUCACUCUUAUUUUCCCUUUCCCACGGUCAGUAUACUGAGCCCCGUCUUUGUGAUGGUCUUUGCUAUUGUUCUCGGGAAGAACAAGUCGUGGAUUGUGGCCGUCAGGAUAAAAUCAUGGGUGUUCCCACGAAUCUUCCCCCGGGCACUGUAAAACUCAUGAUUCAGGGUGGAUUGUUCCCUGAACCGGGCUAUCUCAGUGCUAAGAAUCUCACAGGUCUAGCACAUCUUGUUAGUCUUCGGAUUAUUAACUCCAAACUUCGUGCAGUAGAAUCUCGGGCCUUCCUUGGGAUGACUAAUCUCCGUGAUCUCGACCUUUCCCUAAAUCUCCUCUACCGCAUUGAGUCCCGUACUUUCUACGGCCUCAACUUGCAGACACUUUAUUUGCAACAACAGCGGUAUCAACCCGACCUUUAUACUUCCUUUGGAUCCCCAACUGAUCCUGAACCGCUGGACAUUUCGGCUGAGGCAUUCUAUGGCCUUUCUGCAACCAGUAUUGAUUUAAGGAAGAAUUUUAUCUCUAACAUAAGCUAUUCUCUAUUUUCUCAAGUUAGAGGUCUUGAGAAGUUGGUUCUAUCUGACAACAAGAUUCGUCAACUGGAUUCAAGAUUUGCAGAAUACUUUGACAACCCCAAUCAUCUGCUUGAUCUGACUGAAAACCCCCUUGAUUGCUCGUGUAAAUUAGCUUGGCUUGUAAAUCGUGCCAAAGACUGGGGAGCACAGGCGUCUACUCUUACAUGUAUUAGUGGAUCUGGUUCUCGAAUUGAGCUUAAAAGACUCACUACAGAUCAUCUAUGCAUGGGUUCAAAAAUUCAGUCCAUUGGUGUUGACAUAUCUCCAGCUGGAAAUGCAGCAACUCUAAGUUGCACAGCUGUCACUUUCAGCCGCUUGGAUUCAGCUAAUAAAAAUUUGGAGGGAUAUCGAUAUACUGCAUUGGAACCCUAUGUGAAUCAUCCUGUCGUUAGACAGCGUCCUCCUGCUGUUGCCUGGACGUAUGUGGAGUCAGGGCAGCUUCGAAAAAUCGCUGAAAUGCCUUCAGAUCAUCCUCCGUCAAUUGAACAAGAAAGCACAUCUACCACACUCCCACUUAAUGUCUCCCUCUCUCAGACUGGCCGCAAAUUUUCUUGUAUUACAUGGGAUGAUAAACAAAAUGAACAAGAGAUUCUUGUUACUCUUCGAGGUUGUGCGCUUCCACCUUUAAUUGAACCUAAAGAAAGUGUUAAAGACUCUUCCACCGGUUCACUCGAAGAUGGGUUAUCUCAGCAAGAAGCUAAACUGAAAGAGGGCGCUUCUGGACCAGCCUCUAUGGGCAAUAUGCCUUAUCCUCAAUCUGGCUUCCUAUUCCAGAAGCAGUAUACAUUGUUGGAGAUGAUUGGUGCUGUGAUAGGAACGUUCUUAGUUACCUUGGUAGUGCUGCUAGCAGGCUCGCGGUGUAUGAUGAUGUUGAAACAAAGGGCUAUUUCUGACCACCAUGCGAAAGAGAUUGGUGGUCGAAGCACAACCUACGAUGCUGCUCCUAAACAUUCAGACGCUAUUGGUAGAAUGGGAACUACAAUCUCAAGGGCUCCAGUGGCCAGUAAUAGUAAUAAUUGUGGAUUUAACCCGAUGGCUUGUGAUGGUGUGGGUGGUCCCUACCCCCAAUAUAAUCCAUAUCUUCCUUCCACCUCUGGUGUGGCAUUCCCUCUCCAUGCUGCUCCUGCUGCCUCUAGGAUUACAAGUCCCACUAAUGGCCAACUAUCGACAAUGUCUGCCACGACCCCUCUUCUAACAACCAAUAUGACAAUGACUGGUCUACAAGGCAUGCACCAAAUUCAUCAAUGGUCUCUACCUCCUCCCUCCACCUAUUCAGCAGCUGGUAGUCAAGAAUAUGACGUCCCCAGAGGAAUGGAAUUAUCUCAAGUGGCUUCCGAUCAAACCACCAUGCAACGAGAACACCAACAACAAGUGCAAGCUCUAUCCCAGCAGCAACAGCAAGCUAAAUUAAAUCUCACUGUCGAUGCCUUCGGAGGUGACAGCGCCGAUUGA